AUGUCCUCCAGCUACGCCUCCAGUGGGCUGCCGGAGACGGCCGCGGCCACCAACGGCGUGGGGCUAGGCUACGGAAUCGCCAUCGCCGUCGGCAUCCUGGUGCUGGUCUCCAGCAUCAUGCUCGCCUCCUACGUCUGCGUCCGCGUGAAGGGAGGGGAGCCACGGCGGGAGGACGAGCUCCGGCUGCCGCCGUCGGCCGUCCCCUCCGCCGCCGCCGGCCUGGAUGGCGCCACCAUCGAGUCCUACCCGAAGUUCGUCUACGGGGGCCGUCACCGCGGGGCGCAACCCACGCCGGCGGGCAGCCCCUGCCCGAUAUGCCUGUCGGAGUACCGCUCCGGCGACGCCCUCCGGCGAAUCCCCGACUGCGAGCACUGCUUCCACGCUGCCUGCGUCGACGAGUGGCUGCGCGUGAGCGCCACCUGCCCCGUCUGCCGCAAUUCCCCCGUGCCUUCCGCCGCCGCCACCCCGCUGGCCACCCCGCUCUCGGAGCUCAUCCCACUGGCCGUCCACGCCAGGUGGCAGCCGGCGAGCUCGCUGUAA